AUUUUUUUUAAUUGGUAGUUUUUCAAUAGAUUUAGAAGAUUUUCAGCUAUUCAAAACUUGAACACUUAAUAGAUUUCAGUUGUUAAAUUUCUUGAAUAUUAAGAUUAAUUUAUUUUUUAUUAUAUAGUAUUGAUAUACGAAUAAUGGUGAAAAGAAAAAGUGAAGUGGCGUUGUUUGACGCUGAAUCAAAUAAAGCUAUUAGGGAAAAAUACUUAAAAACAGACCCUAAUGCUAGAACAUCAAAUCUUUUUAUGCCAAUUAUGGCAUUAGAAGGACAUGAAGGUGAAGUGUUUGCUGUAAAAUUUCACCCAGAAGGAGAAUACUUAGCAUCCACAGGAUUCGAUAGAAAAAUAUUUUUAUGGAGUGUGUAUGGAGAAUGCCAAAAUAUUGGAGUUCUUGCUGGUCAUACUGGUGCUAUAUUAGAUCUAAAAUUUUCUACUGAUGGAUCAUUAAUUUAUACAAGUAGUACAGAUAUGACUGUGUCCUUUUGGGAUAUAUUUAAAGGACAGAGAGUUAAAAAACUAAAAGGACAUACAGGAUUUGUAAACUCAUGUGAUUCAGCAAGACGUGGUCCACAAAUGAUCACUAGUGCAUCAGAUGAUUGUACUAUUAAAGUAUGGGAUCCAAGAAAAAGAGGAGGAGAUGCUGUUACUACUUUUAAUAAUAACUAUCAAGUCAUGUCUGUUUGUUUUAAUGACACCGCAGAUCAAGUUAUAACUGGUGGUUUGGAUAAUGAAAUAAAAAUUUGGGAUUUACGUAAAAAUGCAUUGCUACAUCGUUUGCCAGGGCAUACUGAUACUGUAACUGGUCUUGAGUUGUCUCCUGAUGGAUCUUAUAUAUUAUCAAAUGCUAUGGAUAAUAGUUUAAGGAUAUGGGAUGUGAGGCCAUAUGCUCCAGCUGAUAGAUGUUUAAAAGUUUUUUCUGGUCACACCCAUAAUUUUGAAAAGAACUUAUUAAGAUGUGCAUGGUCUCCAGAUAGUUCAAAAGUUUCAGCAGGUUCAGCUGAUCGUUUUGUCUAUGUUUGGGAUGCAAAUACUCGUAGAAUAUUAUAUAAAUUACCUGGCCACAAUGGUAGUGUUAAUGAUGUAGAUUUUCAUUCAAAAGAACCAAUUAUUAUGUCUGGAUCAAGUGAUAAAGUAGUAUACUUGGGAGAAUUUGACUAAAUCACAUACAUGUAAAUAAUUUACCCUUUCUUACACAUUUUUAUUUUUCACCUAUACUUAUAAAAAUAAACAAUAUUAAAUAAUGUAUUUUAAAGUUAAAAUGAAAUAAAAAUAUAUGAUCUUGAUUUUAAAUAAAUAAAAGUCAUUAAAAAAUGAUAAAUUAAUUAAACAUUUUUCAGCAUUUUAUUCAACAUCUUAAACCUACAAAACUAUAAUAUAUUUUUGUAUGUAUAUUAGAACUAUUCAAAUAUAAAAAAAAAAUGUUAGCCUUCUACCCUUCAAAAUUUGGUAUUGCAGUAAAAUAAAACAAUUUCUGAUCCGGUCUUCCGGAAAUUUUGAAAUUUAAUCAUCAAGUGAGAUAACUUCGCAGCUAAAGUUUAUCAUAAUAAUUAUUAUAACUUAUAGGAACCCAAAUAAUGGGUGUAGCCAGGUGAAUCAUAGAAACCUAGCCCUUAAUUAAUUGCAAUAUAUUUUUUUUUAAUUAAUUAAUGGGCACAAAAAAAAGGUGCAAAAUAUAAUUUUUUUGACGUUUUUUCCAAUUAACUUUAAGAAAUCCUGGGGAUCGAUUCUUGAAACAAUGAUAAAUUAUAUCAAGUUCGAUAAAUGAUUUAUCGCUCUAGAUAUCAGUCAUGGUGUAUUCUUAAAAAAAUUAACGAAUGAAAAUACUGAAAAUAAAUUAUCUGAGAACCUAUUGAUAAAAAUUAAUUGAAUAUUUUUAAUAUUUUAAUCAUAAAUAUAAUUUUUAUUGACCGAUCAUAAAAAUGUAUCUUAUUACUGGGCUUCGUCACAGCCCUCCUGCCCUACGAGCCUCACGUGCCUUAGACGCGUAAGAGUAGAUGUGUAAUAUAUGAGCUAGGACCCCCGUAACAACCCAAGCAACUUACCCUAGGUGUGUAACGUAGAUAGUGGAGGAUCAGGGAAGUAUGGUGAAAGACAAAUGCCCCCUUCCCAUAACAUGGCGAAAGGUUAAGAGUAUAAAGUAGGGGUCUCCUCUCUGUCUUAGCUAGUACAGUCGGUAACACAAGUAUUGGGGGUUAAGAGUAAAUCUGUAUGUAGGGGCUACCCCUACAUAAGAAGAGGGCAUAUACUAUGAAAAAAUGAAUAAUUUAAUAGAAAUUAGUUAUUAAAUUGUAAUUAAUAAUUAAUUAUGAGAUAGAAAUGAUUAAGUUAUGAAAAAAAAGGCUAUUAUACGGGGAUAAGUGUUCUGUGGUUUGUUGACCUCUAUGAAAAUAUGUGAUUUUGUUACAUUUAAUUAGUAUUUUCGCAUAAAAGACGGAUUAUUACUCGAGUAAAAUUUAAUAGUGUUGUGUCAUUUAAACGUCUUAAAAUGUUUUCUUGUGACAAGUGUUUGCAAUCAAGCAUGGAUUGGUACGUCAUUAAAAGAGUCACGAUGAUAUACGAUUUAGUUGUCAUUUGUGUCCUCAGACAUUUUUUGUAAAAUGUUCUCUUGUACGCCAUGUUCAAAAAAUUCACCGUAAUUAUUACAAUUAUUAUUUAAUAAAAUAGUAAUAUUAGAAGAGAAAAUAUAAUAAUAGAAGUGUAUGAUGUGGACUAUAAUAUUGCUAUAGGAAAUCAUGCUGAUUUGAGGGCUAUGUCGACGAGUGGUAAGUAAAGAAAUUAUCUUAUUAAAAAAUGAUAUGCUAAAAUAAAUACAUAAACAUUUGUUUUAGAAAAUGAAAGUGUUACGGCAAGAAUGCAAGCAGAUCCGAGUGCAAUUAAACGACGUGUUCAUUGUAAUAACAAUCCGAUUAAAGCUAAACGGAUAAAAGUGAAACGAUUACAUGAAAUUACGACAAGCGGUUUUCAUAAAACGGACGAAUCAUUAAAUAGCCAAAUUUUACGGUUUUACAAAAAGAAUAUUUUAAACGUAGCUGGGUAUCAAUAUUUUUAGUUGGCAACAAGAGACGAGUUAGUUGAAAAACUACGCGAUUGUAUUGAUGAAAUGGGGCCAUUAAAAUUCAAACUUAAACUCGAGACGACUUGUACCGUGCCGAAUAAUGAAGCCAAGUACUAAAAUCGGUCUUUUAAAACGUCGGCAGUCGAGUUAAUUAACGAGGAUGACAUCGGUCAUGCUGUGGAUAUUUCAUACACAAAAUUAUUAGAAGAACAGGUAAACUACGCUGGUAAAGGUAGUAAUUUCUCGUUUUCUAACAUAGGCGGUCUUUUACUGGGUGCUUAGGCGGAAGUUCAUACAUUGAUUUACCGGAUGACAUUAAAAUGAGAAAAGCUGUAAUAAACCCACAAAAUAUAAACCAACAAUGUGUUGAAUUUGGCUGUAUUGGCGAAAAAAGUUACGGAAGGUAAAAGACAAAUAGUGGAACAAAACGAUAAGUCUAUAGAAAGAUCUUAUGAUUUUUUCAGUUUAUCAUUCCUAACACCAAUUUCAGACAAAAAUUUUCAAAACAAAUAAUCCGCAUACUUCAGUUAAUGUUUUUGAGCUAAAAUUGAAAGAUAUACAUAAUAAAUCCGAAUAUUUAGUUUAUCCGCUGAAAGUGUGCGCUGAAGAACAUAUAGAACAUAUCGAUUUGUUGAUCAUGUCAAAUGCCGCGGAUGACGGUCAUUACACUUAUAUUACUAAUUUUGUCGAUUAGUAUAAUCACAAAUAACAAAGAAUACGUCAAAAAGGAUAUUUUGUAUACGAUGUUUCGCAGGUUUUAAUAAUAUACCUAAAAUGUAUAAACUAUAUGGUCACAAUGCGCUAGCAGACAUAAAAAAAUUUGCAGCGAAUACAAACCGGUUUUAUCUAUAAUGCCUGAAGAGGGCACUAAAUUAAGUUUGAGUCAUGGGGCAAAACACAAGAACACCCAUUUGCAAUUUAUGCUGAUUUUGAAAGCUUGUUAGUCCAACAAUGAUACAAAAGGCAACACAAAUUAUAUACAGAGUGAUUUUUUUAUCAUAACCCACUCAAUUACUUGCAGAAUAAUAAUAAUUUAAACAUUUUUUUUUUUCAUUAUCUUUAGUUACACAUUAUUCUUGAAUUUUUAACUAUGUAAUACUUUUUAAGUUCAUCCCUUAUGCCUUGGAA